AUGGUCACCAACGAGGUGAUCUAUGAGCCGGAUGAGGAGCGAAUGACGCGCCCUCGAAGCGCUGAACAAAAGUCAGCGCGCGAAGAAAGAUUUGCGUCGCAAUCUUGGGAGGCUCCGCGCGAGUCUGGUGACCCUAUCUACGAGAUUGCUCGAGAGUACGCAGACGUUUUCCAGGAGAAGAAACGGGCUGAACCUCCUGCUGAUCGUGGUAUUCGGCACAAGAUUGAUCUCAUACCAAAGUCAAAGUACUGUGUGACCCGACAGUGGCCGUUUCCAUAA